AUGUCAUUUGUCUUGUCUGCUAGGCCAAAGUUCUUGUAUGUUACCAAUAAGCAGCUCCAGGUGUUAACCAAACGAUUGAUAUCGUCGACAUCUAAAACUUCCACAGCGUCAUCAAAACUGCUAAACAUCUACAAAAACCUUUUCCAAGCUGCUCCCAAGUAUGAACAGCUGCAGCAGUAUCGAAAACAAGGAAAGAAUGUCGCUCUAGUCACUGGAAUAAUCAUAGUUGGCUCAUAUGUUGCAUUUAACCAAUCCAACUAUUAUAAUUUGGAUACGUUGCCGCUGCAAUCUUCGCAAAUGUCGGGGUCGGGGUCGGGGUCCUCAAUAACAGGCACACUGUCUUCAAAGCCUCCACAGUUGUUAGAGGACAAAAAGUUGUUUUCAACUAGUACGUCUUCUAUGCAUCAAAAGAAUAGUAUCAGUCACCAGCAGCACAAAGAAGGAGUGUUUUUGUUGAACGAGGAGCAAGUCGAUAGGAAAUUGCGACAAUUUGAGGAGAGUUAUUAUGUUAAUAGAGGAAAGGGAGUAUUCAGAUACGACAUUUGCCAAUUACCCUCUAAUUCGCCGAUUGAAGACGACAGAGCAGAAGAAAUAAUCCAAGUCCCCAUAUUGCAGGAUAACAAUAUAAAAACAACGACAGAUUGGAUGUUUUUUGGUGUAUUUGAUGGACAUGGAGGCUGGACAACCAGUUCCAAAUUGAGAGACCAAAUGAUCAACUAUGUCAUUAAUGAGUUGGGCACCAUUUACAAGCCAGUGCAAGGCGAAGAGAACUUACGAUAUGUUCCUAAUAGCGCCACUAUUGAUCAGGCUAUUAAAAACGGUUUUCUAAAGUUGGAUCAUGAGAUUGUCAAUAAAAACAUUGAAAAGCUACUCACAGAUGGUAAUAAAGCAAAAGCGGCAGAGCUAUUGAUGCCGGCAUUAUCGGGCUCUUGUGCAUUGCUAUCAUUUUAUGAUACUAAUUCCAAAGUAUUGAAGGUUGCUGUAACAGGAGACUCACGAGCAAUUUUGGGAUCUUUUAAGAAUAACCACUGGACUGUGCGACAGCUAAGUAUUGACCAAACAGGAACCAAUCCAACUGAGGUGGCCAGAAUUAUAAGCGAGCAUCCCGACGAGCCCAAAGUUAUUCGCAAUGGUAGAGUUUUGGGCAGCUUGGAACCAACUAGAGCAUUUGGCGACUGCCGGUACAAAUUACCUGCAUCUAUACAAGAGCGUAUUUAUAAACAGUUUUUUGGCAAGAGAUUACCAAAUCAUUUACUGUCGCCGCCAUAUGUGACUGCUGAGCCUGUUAUCACUUCGACCAAGAUUAAUCCAGACAACAAUGAAUUUUUGGUAAUGGCAAGUGAUGGUCUUUACGAAAUGUUGACCAACGAGGAGAUUGUGGGGCUUGUUGUGAAAUGGAUGGAGAGAGAGAAUAUGAUAAAGCCGCAAAAGUCGUUUUGGAAUUUUUUUGGAACUGUUGGAGAGAAUAAGUUGCCUGAAGUAGAGGACAUUACUAUGGAUAAAGCAAGCAAAAAGCCGUUUAGAAAAGGCGGUGGCGGUAGCGGAUUCUUAUUACAAGAUAAGAAUGUUUCAACGCACUUGAUUAGAAAUGCUUUAUCGAAUGGCGGUUCAAAGGAACAAACUUCGAUGAUUAUUUCAAUUCCAAAUCCUGUCUCAAGAAGAUACAGAGACGACUUGACAGUGACCGUUGUCUUUUUUGGUAAUAACUCUACCGAAGAUGUCAAUGAAAGUGGGAAACUAGAGAUCAACACUGAAGCGACCGCAGGUGGACCUGAUUCCUCUAGACCAAAAUUGUAA